CGAAGCCGUCGCUGGCACACGUGUCGGACCCGUCCCGUCCCCCUCAGUUAUGUAGUGCUGCUCCGCUGUUUGGACAAGUGCUAAGUUGAUCGUUUCAUGCGAUACAGCUCGUUGAGGUUGGCAUUAUGUUUAAUAUGAACGUUUCGAGUUAUUCAGUGAUGUUACAUUUUUGAAAUCGUUCGAAUUUUAAGUGACAUUUUUUUUUUAAAAGUGAUUCUAAUUAUUAUUUUUCUGUGGAUUUCACAUAGGACUUAAUUGCAAGAAUGACGCCGCAAGAGGAGCGGGAGAGCGCGCGCGGGGUCGAGAUCGCCGACGCCUUCGAAGACGACAUGUUCGGUCCACCGCGGACGGAGCCAGCCGCCCGGCCCAAGUUGUCCAUGAUCUCGGCGCGACUACGAGCGAACGAAGAACGCAAACGAGUCAUCGAGAUCUGCUCUCAAAAGUUGGAGAACAUCGAAGAUCCGGCUCGUGAUCUGCGCAGGUCCGUCUGUAUCAACAACACCUACUGCCGGUUGAGCGAGGAGGCGCGCAGAGAGAAGGAAGCGAGGCGAAGGCGCGCGCGCGAGGAGUGUGAUGACUCGUGGGUAGGGAAAAGGGCCAGACGAGCCGUAGAAGACGAGUGUCUGGCGCUACUAGACGCGAUUCCUGAGCUCGGCGAUGCUAACCUGGGGUGCGCUCAGCUGGCGCGGCAGGACGUGUCGCUGCAGCUGCCGCCGGGCCUGCUCACCGUGCUCGACUCAUGACCGCGCCGCGCUGCGAACCUGCACGCCCCCAUGUGCUGUGAGCGCGCCGAAUGAGACCAGCGGCUCUCCACGCUGAACGCGAUUACUCGGACUCUUAGUACGUUUCGUACAGACGUUUAGUCAAUUCUUUAUUGUUCAAAAAGAGUACUUACUAUGUUGGCGUGUUUUUUAUUUUAUGACUAGUGAAAGUUGCUCAGGCGCUGCCGACGUGCGCGGUCCAAUUAGUGUUCAACGAUUAUUUUUUUUAUCGAAGGAACUUUGACUAGUUGAAACCGCAAAAAGGCAAUCGAGAAAUGUCGCCUCGAGAGGAGAGGACUUUCAGCGUUGAUUGGAGAUGUUUUAGAUAUAAGGAAAAUUUAUUAUGUUAUAUUAUUGUACUGUAAAGAAGUAGAGUUAAGUGAUAGUGCAAAAAAACGACUGGGAACGGUUGCGAUGACAGAUGAUUCCUCGCAUUACUUUAUUUUAAAUCGUCCGCGUUGUCUUGUGACGCCUCGUGUGAGACCAUUAGAACUGGUUUUAGGAGAGUAAAAGUUGAUACUUGCAGUGGGUCAAAUCGGCGUAAUGUUCACUUUGAAAAUGCUGCGUUCCAACUCUUAUUAUUGUGACAAAGAAGAGAAAAAAAAAAUCAAAGUAUUACUAAUUCGGUACAUCACUUUAGCUGUCAAUAAUCAGUACAUAAUUUAGUUUGAGCUGAACGUGUUUUGAAAAGAACAAUGAGAGCACAGACUUGCUUAACUUCGUGCGUAACACAUACACUCGAGCAAUUUAAAUUCUUUACAAACACAAAGGCAAAUUAUUAGAACUGGUUAGUCGAUGGGGCGGUGGUUUCCUUAUCAAACACUUGGCGUGUGUCACCAGCUUUGUGUGAUUCGGUCCACGUUUGGCCAACCAUUGGACGUUCUGGAUAUUUGAUGCAAACGUGCCUCUAACAAAUACUGCAUUUGGUUUUCAAAAUUUUAUGACGUGUUCGUUUUUUUUUUUGUUUUGUUUUAAUGUUACCUUUUGAGUGCUUACCUCAAGCAUUGUUACCUCUAUUAUUAUUAUAAAAUUAAUUUACAAUACAUAAAUCAAACUCAUUAUGGCUAUCAGGUUAUCUUUUCUAAAUGUUUUUUUUUUUAUGUUUUUUUCGUUAAUGAAUAAUUAAUUUCAAAUUUAAUUCAUUGUGAUUUAUAAUUUAGUUUGGAAUUUAAUCAAAGUUUGUGAGCAUCACAUUGUAUGCAAAGAGCCUACUUAUCAGAUGGUUGUGCAAUAACUAGAGCGAUUGGACGUUUGACUGUGCAAUUGACUUGUGCCGAGUUCCAUUUCUUUAGGAAUCUUAAUUGUUGCAAAAUAUAUCGGUUGUAGCCCGAUUCGCCCCCUCUGAAUAGUAAAUAGGUGGAUGG